CCCGGCCGUAACUGGCACCGGGACCGCCUUCGUGGAGCGAAGCUCAGACAUCUCUUGUUUUAACCGGGCGGAAAUUCCAGAGAGCGGAGCCCCGGGUGGUGUCUCACCGGACCCCGGCGGCUGAGGGGAUGGAUCGCAGGCGGGGGGAGGCUUCGGGCUCGGCUCCCUCUGGCCCUGGGCCUGGGCUCGGGCUCGGACCGACCGGCAGCUGCCCCCAGCCGGAGCUGGACGACGCCGAGCUGGCGCUGGCGGGGAUUAACAUGCUGCUCAACAACGGCUUCAGGGAAUCGGACCAGCUCUUCAAAAAAUACCGGAACAACAGUCCUCUGAUGAGCUUUGGAGCAAGCUUUGUUAGUUUCUUGAACGCUAUGAUGACCUUUGAAGAUGAAAAAAUGCAGCUGGCUUGUGAUGAUUUAAAAAACACUGAGAAGCUGUGUGAAAGUAGUGAAGCAGGUGUAAUUGAAACAAUCAGGAAUAAAAUUAAAAAGAAUAUUGAUAUGCAGAGGCCCAGUGCAUUGGAUGUUGACAGACUCCAAAGACAAAUCAUCAUUGCAGACUGCCAGGUCUAUCUUGCUGUACUUUCCUUUGUAAAGCAGGAGCUUUCUGCGUAUAUUAAAGGUGGAUGGAUCCUUCGAAAAGCAUGGAAAAUUUACAAUAAGUGUUAUGCAGAAAUUGAUGCACUACAGAUGAUGCAUAAAAAAAGAUCUCAGGAAUCUCUGACGUCUGAUCGGGCUAAUGAUAACCAUAUUCCUGCUGUAUCUCUACAAGAAGAAGCAUUAAGUAGACUGAAAGGUGCUGUCAGCUUUGGCUAUGGGCUUUUCCAUCUUUGUAUAUCAAUGGUACCUCCUAACCUGCUGAAAAUCAUCAACUUACUGGGGUUUCCUGGAGACCGUCUGCAGGGAUUAUCUUCCCUAAUGUAUGCAAGUGAAAGUAAGGACAUGAAGGCUCCAUUAGCUACGUUAGCCUUGCUAUGGUACCACACAGUGGUGCGUCCUUUCUUUGCUUUGGACGGCAUGGAUGCACAAGCUGGGUUGAGGGAGGCAAAAGAAAUUCUACAGACGAAGGAAGCUAUUUAUCCAGACUCUUCAUUGUUUCUGUUUUUCAAGGGGAGAAUUCAACGAUUGGAGUGUAAAAUCAAUAGUGCCUUGACAUCAUUCCAAACCGCAUUAGAACUAGCUAUAGAUCAACGAGAAAUCCAACAUGUAUGCUUAUAUGAGAUAGGUUGGUGUAGUAUGAUAGAAAUGAAUUUCAAGGAUGCAUACAAGUCUUUUGCAAGGCUUAAAAAUGAAUCCAGGUGGUCUCAGUGUUAUUAUGCAUACUUGACUGCAGCAUGCCAGGGAGCAACAGGUGAAACUGACAAGGCACAAGAAGUAUUCAUUGAAGUCCAGAAGUUAUUCAGAAGGAAGAAUAAUCAAAUUGAGCAAUUUUCCUCCCGAAAGGCUGAAAGAUUCCAGAAGGAGAAGCCCACCAAAGAAUUAUGUAUCCUCGCUGUCAUUGAAGUGCUUUAUUUGUGGAAAGCACUUGCCAAUUGUUCCCCUUCAAAUCUGCAGCAAAUGAAUCAAGCUUGUCAAGAAAUGCAUGAGCCAUUAACAAUUGGGUUAAAACACCUUCUCCUGGGUGCAAUACACAAAAGUCUAGGAAAUUCAGAUGGUGCUAUUCAGUUCUUCCACCUAGCUAUAAAGGAUGAGUUGAGUCGUCAGAACAAUGCAUAUAUACAGCCAUAUGCUUGUUAUGAACUUGGAUGUCAGUUAUUAGAAAAUCCAGAAACUUUGGAUAAAGGCAGAACUUUACUGUACCAAGCCAAGGAAGAGUUUGCUGGUUAUGAUUUUGAAAACCGUCUUCAUGUGCGUAUUCAUACUGCGUUAGCAUCAUUGAAAGAAGUUGUUCCACAGUGAUCUUUGCCAAAUAGAAGUCCUCUCCAGUGCACAUGUGAUUGAACUUAAUUAGUUCCUGCACUUUAUGCUGUAACUACACAGCAAAGGAAAUAAUGGCUGGCCUGAGCUCAUAAAGGCUGCCUUAAACCUAAGCAUGUAGAAUAUCUUUGGACGCAUAGGGGCAGUUUCACUGAUAAAUGAGAUGCAUUGAAGCUGUUGCUUCUUUAUUAUAGGUAGUUAAACAGGAGAAGGCUUAGGGAUUCCAAGGAUUAUCAAGUGGCCUUGCUUUUCUUCCCCCACUUUUACUGUACUUCAAAUUGGACCUAAUUGUAAUAUCAGUGCAGUCUAUCAAAGCACAGAGCCCAUUUACAUCACUUAGGCAGAUUCUCAAUGUGCUUUGGUUAAGGUAGCAGAAGGUCAGGAAGGAAAAAGUGUUCAUGGCUUUUGCCUGUUAAUAGCCAUAUUUUUGUUGCACUAAUUAUAUUUUUAAUUUGCCUAGAUUUAACACCAUCAUUAUUUUCAGAUAUGUAAAAUAUUGUUAGCACUUUUUAAAUUCUCUUUUAUAUCAGACCCCGCAGAACACCAGCAGCAAAGGACUUGAGUUCAUUUCUGCUCAGGGUCAUUUGUUAAUUAUGAAUGAAAGGUGCAGUAUCUACAAGGUCUUUUUAGUUAAAACCUUAUUCAAACCUAUGAUGCCACUAUACUAAGAUGUUCUUUGAGAUCUUCUGGUAUACUUUAAAAAAAUACCUCAGUUGUAGAUCAGAUGCAAAAGAAACAAAAUAAAUUGUGAAAAUUCAUACAUUUUUAAAGGAAAUCUCUGGGGAACAAGAUAAUGGGCAAAUCAAAUGUCUUGUAGAUCUCAGUGUCUCUUUAUCUACUUUGUGAUUUUUUUUCAUAUGACUAUAUUUGUAUCUGCUCUUAACAGGGUAAAUAAGAUUUCAUUCCAUUAGAUGAUGCCUAUGCUAAAUUAUCAAUGGACCAUUAUCUGAGAGGUGAGAACCAUUGAAUAAGAACUUAUCACCUGGAUGCAGAUGUCACCAUGUUUGGUGUUAAAAGUUUAUUUUUUAAAAAAAAUUCUGAGGCAUGAUCUAAUAGUAAUAAAAUCACAAAUAAUAUUGUUCCUAAAUUCUAUAUAACCUUGUGUGGCUUGUCCAACAGCCAUGAAUGUUUAUUGCACCAGUUUUCCCCAUUUCCUGAAGCUGUUGACUCUUUGCUGCGUUGUGAUUCAAUAGGCGCUGGUUGCCGUCUGAUACCUUGUCCAACUGGCCAGUUGACUUGGCACAGACUUGAGGUCUUUCUGUGUGACUGAGUAGCUCACCUGUGCUGUUGCUGGUUAUGUUGGAUUAUUUAUUUAUUUCUGACUUUUCAGGUUGUUGCUCAGCAAAUAAUUUUACUCGUGAAUUAGAGCCUUGUCCUGUGUUUCUAAACUUAAAAUUCUGGGAUUUAAAUCCCCUUACUUAGAUGGUAGUAUAAUUCUAUAAUGUGGUCAUUUCUGUUUUAUUUUAACAGUAGAAUUAAAUAACUGAGUUGUCUGACAUUGAGUAAUGUGAUAAACUAAAUGUGAAUCUUCUAACUUAAUUCAGACUGGAGAAUGUUAUCAACAGUUUUGCUCUGGUACACACAUUACUCAGGGGACAGGAAGUUUUAAAAUUACAAAAAUGUUAAUGAACUGAGGUAAGUUACUCAAGGAAUUAAUGUGUCCCUGGUUGUAGUAACAGUAUUUCAUAAACAGAGAAACAAUUUGUUCACCUUGCAAUUGACAAGUGACAUGAUUCCAGAAGGACUUAUAAAGUUCUGCCUCCCCGUCACUCACUGUUACUGUGAUACUGUUUAAGAGUGGGACUGAGAACUGGGUUUUUUCAUUGUGUACAAGUGGAAAUGUUGACUGACUGGAUGGUGAGGAAAACUCACUGUAUUUUUCACUGUCUGUAGACUACUGUUACUCUGCUGUAUUAAAAAAAAGACUUCUGUCCA